AUGCAGCUGAAACGAGAUGCGCAAGGCCGCGAGGUCGUUCCUAUCAUAAUCGACAACGUUGAGCAGCCAUUCGACACCGAUCGUAUUCUCCCAGUCAAGAAUUCCGUCUCUGGAGAUAAUGUCCAUUACUAUGCCAGCGCGGAUACAGAAAUAUGUGGUCGUGCAUGUGAUGCAGCUUGGAACGCCUUCCGGACUUGGAGAAAUGCGACAAUAGUAGAGCGUCGGGGGCUCUUGUUGAAGGUUGCGGAUCUCUACAAGAAACGUCUGGACGAGCUUGUACAAGCUCAGAUGAAGGAGACUGCGUGUACUGAAGGAUGGGCAAAAUUCAACGUUCUUGCUGCGACCAACUAUAUCAACGAAUCCGCAGCGUGUGUUAGCAGUGUCAAAGGAACUAUUCCUCCCACUGACAAGCCGGACACCAUGACUUUUGUCUACAAGGAACCUAUCGGACCAGUCCUCGUCAUUCCGCCCUGGAAUGCGGCUAUCGUGUUGUCGACAAGAGCUAUCAGCUCUGCAAUUGUCACUGGCUGCACUGUGGUGCUCAAAUGCUCCGAGAUGUCACCACUGACUCAUACAAUUCUCGUCGACAUCUUCCGCGAAGCUGGUUGCCCUCCUGGUGUCCUCAACAGUCUUCAAACCUCACGCCAGGACGCAGCAGCGGUGACCGAGAGUUUGAUCGCGAACGAACACAUCCGCAAGGUCGAGUUCAUAGGAAGCGCUGCUGUGGGCCGGAUCAUCUCAGCAACAGCCGCCAAAUACCUCAAACCGACGAUCUUGGAGUUGGGUGGAAAGUGCCCUGCAAUAGUGUUGGACGAUGCAGAUCUGGCAAAGGCCGCUCGUCUUUGCGCUCAGGGUGCCAUCAGAAACCAUGGUCAGAUCUGCUUCAGCACAGAACGAAUUAUUGUGCUACGCAGUGUCGCAGAUGAUUUCAUCAAGAUUUUGGUUGAAGAGGUUCAGAAAACGCCAGCUGAAUCUGCAGUCUCAGAGUCUAUUGCACAAAACGCUGCCAGCAUUCUCAAAGAUGCAAAAGACAAAGGGGCAAAGUUCCUUUGUGGAGACGGACAGCUCCAGGACAAUUGCUCCAUUGCAAACACACUAGUACUUGUUGACCCCAAGACAUCUCCAGAUCAUCUCAGAAUCGUUGAUGAGGAGACUUUCGGACCAAGCGCAAGUGUCUACAUUGUCGAAGACGAUGCCGAAGCUAUCAGAAUCGCCAAUCGCAGUGCGUAUGGACUGAAUGCCGCGAUACACACCCGAAACCUCGAGCGAGCAAUCAAGAUGGGUAGACAACUUGAAUAUGGCCAGGUGCACACUAACUCAUCCACCGUCUAUAUCAGUCGUAAGUACUGCACUUGUACGGUUUUAAAACUUGUUACUGAUUCAUACACAGCAACCGGACCUCAAGGAGGUGUCAAGNNGGGGAGUGGUUGGGGCACGCAGAAUGCUUCGUGGGGUCUUGAUCUAUACUACAACACCAAGCAGAUCAGUUGGCACGGCGAGGACAGUGGUAACUAA